AUGGUCUCGGGGUCCGUGGUCUGUGCGCGGUGGGUAGUGGUGGACCCGCGCCACCACAUGCUGGGGCGGUUGGCGUCGAUCUUGGCGAAGGAGCUGCUCAACGGGCAGCGGGUCGCGGUUGUCCGCUGCGAGGAUAUGUGCCUCUCCGGUGGGCUCGACCGCCAGAAGAUGAAGUACCUCCGCUUCCUACGCAAGCUUAUGAACACCAAGCCCUCUCACGGUCCCAUCCACUUCCGCGCCCCCGCCAAGAUCCUUUGGCGUACCAUCCGAGGGGUUUUGAGGCUGCAGCCGGGGCAUAAGUACUGUUUACUGGGCCGGCUUUCUUCCGAGGAGCUGGGAGAGAAGAGGAAAGAACGGGCUAAGGUGGCUUAUGAGAGGAGAAAGCAACUUGCCAAGCUGAGGCUGAAGGCAGAAAAGACUGCUGGAGAGAAGCUUCGUCCUCAGCUGGAUAUCCUAUCGCCUCUUUAA